AUGCCUGAAGACACAUUCUGCUACUUCGAGGAUCAGGGAAGUAUCCAGGUCACUAAGAAAGUGACCAAUAGAGCCUCUUGUAAUCAUGGGAAGGAGAAUGCCAGUCCUUCAGCGAGACCACCCCCCACAAUCAAGAUGCUUGCCAUCUUGGCCUUUGAUAUGAGCAGAGGUUCUCGUUGCAGCAUCACUGUUAACCCUGGCUCCACACACACCCAUUUACUGUAUCCAGGCUCCCAGUAUGGAGAACUAAGAGAUGGCACCAUGCAGACUGUCUUGUUUACGCAACUUGCCUGCACAGGAUCCCACUGGGUGAUUGAAAUUCUCUGUCUGAUUCACUCCAAAGGGGAUACCAAGUGGAUUCAAUCUGUGCCCAUCUGGGAACGCACACCCUGGUUAGAGACAGAUGUAGGCUAUAAAAUGUUAAAUGAGAGAGAGGGCCCACGGCUCCUGGCCUCUCACCUCCCCUUCCAUCUCAUCCCCAAGACUUUAUUCACUUCCAAGGCCAAGGUGAUAUAUGUUAUGAGAAGUCCCAAAGAUGUUCUUGUGUCAGGUUAUUAUCAUCGGUCUGUGACAAAACUGAGUGAGAACCCAGAGUCACUGGAACAAUAUUUUCAAUGGUUCUUGGAAGGAAACGUGGCCUAUGGAUCAUGGUUCGAGCACAUUCGUGGCUGGAUGUCCAUGAGAGACAGGGAGAAUGUCCUGCUGCUGAGUUAUGAAGAGCUGCAGAAGGACCCAAGAAGCACCAUAGAGAGGAUCUGUCAGUUCCUGGGAAAGAAGUUGAAUCCAGAAGAACUGGACUCAGUCCUCAAGAACAGCUCCUUCCAAGUCAUGAAUCAAAACAAGAUGUCCAACUUUGAAAUACUGUCUGAAACUUUCACUACUAAGAAUUUCAAAAUUACUAGAAAAGGCAUCUCUGGGGACUGGAAGAAUCACUUCACAGUGGCCCAAGCUGAAGCCUUUGAUAAAGUUUACCAGGAGAAGAUGGUGGGUUUCCCCAAAGAGCUGUUCCCAUGGGAGUAA